UGCAUGAGGUGUUUUCGUCAUUAGUUUUCGGUUUCUUUAAAUACAACUAGUAUCUAGCAGUAUUUCCAUAAUAUAGAAUAUAAAAAUAUUUUUUAAAAAUGUCCACACAACUGGGUAAAGUAGUUUCCUUAAUAUUGCUAGAAAGAUUUGGAGAAUAUGUUGAAACUGUUGGUUCAUGUCUUUUCAAAAAAGGCAUUUGCCCACUGCAACACAUCCGGGUUUACACUCAACUACCAGCCUCAAAGGUAAAAGAGUCACUGUGCAUUUUAAUCAAGUAUGGUUUGGUUAAUUAUGAGGCCAAUCACAAUCGCACCUCUGCAUUAUAUACAAUACAAACUUCUAAAAUAUUGCUGAUGUUGAGAUAUCCAAAGUACAUUAGAUUUAUGAAAACCAAGUUUGGAGAUGAGGCUGAAAUAAUUUUAGAAGAACUGUUGCAAUCAGGUUAUUGUACAGUUUCUGAUUUGAUCAUUAGAACUUAUAAUCGUAUGGGAAAAGAUGACCAGACACCAACACCACUUGUUGAUAUUAGAGAUAAAAUAGAAGCAAUGAUUACUGCUAGGUAUUUAAUGAGAAUAAAAUUGCCAAAGAUUGAAGAAGCUGUACCUGAACUGGUUAGAAAUGUUCAAGAUAUGUACAAAAUGCCAGAAGUAGAGUUAUCUCAGUUAUCCAAGAAACAAAGUGGUGAACCCAAUGUGAUAAUGAAGGAUACUGGUAUAUUCUGGCAAAUUAACCAUGAUCGAUUCCAUGAGGAUAUGAGAGAUAAAUUAAUUGAGAGCGCCAUUGAGAAUAAAUUUGAUGCUAGUGCUGCAGAAAUUAUAAGAGUGAUGUUGCAGCAAAUGUAUAUACGAACAGAGGCUUGGGCAGAUACCACUAAUCCUAUACCAAUUCUAGAAGUUAAGGACAUCAUCAAAAAGCUUCAUCCAAAUUCGGAUAAAGUUGCGUUUUUUGAUAAUUACAUAAAUAUAAUUGAACAAGAUAGUAGUAAUAUAAUUCGGAAAGCUGGAGAAGCGAGCGGAGGUUCGUUUCAAAUACAAAUGAAGGAUAUUUUCACGCAGCUGACUUGGGAAACUAUCCAGCAAAUUGUUUUGGAGAAAUUUGAUUCAAAAGCGGCUAGGAUCUUCUGUUUGGUGAAAAAUAAGAGUUACAUAGAACCGGAUCAGAUCCAAAAGAUGGCCAUGAUCCCAGCUAAAGAAUCAAAGAAGUUAACUUAUGAGUUACUUGAAGAGAACUUUCUGCAAGUUCAAGAGUUGAAGAAGGCUCCAGCGAGCUCUGGUCCAGCCAAAUCCUUUAUACUCUUCCACAUUGACUUGUCCCAAGUUGUUAGAAUGGUCCUGGAGCUUUGUUACAAAAGUUUAUAUAACAUUUUGACUAGGAGGAAUCACGAGAAGAUAGUGAACAAACGUUUGAUUGAUAAAAAGCAUAGGGUUGAUACCAUUGCUCUGAGUAUGAAAACUCAGGGCGCUUCAGAAGAACAGCUUGGCGAUAUUGAUGAAAUGAUAACGCCACCAGAGAAGGAAAUGCUGACUGUUAUUGAAGGCACCAUGAGGAAGCUGAAUACGAUUGAAUUGGAAAUUGAUGAGACGAUAUUCCUUUUAAACACUUACUUAGCUUAUGAAUAAAUUAUAGUUUA